UUUAGUUUGCUCUGCGUCAAUUUUGCGCCGGGAAGAUUUUCAAUUUUUAGCUCUCAAUCAACCAUGGUAUACUGCACUGCUUUCAACUGCAACAACGAUGGCAAAAAGAUGAAGUCGUUGAGCUUUUUCCAGUUUCCCUCUGAUGAAAAAUACCGUCAGAUAUGGAUAGAGAAAGUUCGUCGCGUCAACUGGGAACCGAACAAGUACUCGAGGUUGUGUUCUGCGCAUUUCGAAUCACACUGUUUCGUACAUAACUUCAAACUUUUCGAUUCUCUGGGUCUUCCAAGACCAAAAAAGGCCACUUUGAAGCACGAUGCCAUUCCUACCAUCUUUGAUUAUGAAGACAGGACACCAAAAGCAUCAAACGAGCUAACUUUUUCUCGUAAGCGAAAACAAGAGGAUUCUUCGGGUAAUGCGCCUUGGAAAGGAAGGAAGAUCCUUGAGGUGAUAGAUUUCAACUCGCUCCUUGACGAUUAUUUAAAGAGCAUUCAAUCUGAAGAAGACUUUGGUUCAGCCAGUGAAGCCAGCAACAAAACAGGGUCUGAUGAGUUGGUGAAGGAAAUAAUUCCAGGAUCUUCACCAUGCCAGGGUGGUGAUAGGUUUGUUCUGCUCCUGAAUAAGCCAUUAUCUCCAGAUAUAUGCGAUAUUUCAAGUUCCCUGUUGUGUGUCCGCUUUGGAACUGAAUAUGUUGUUCCAGUGACCCUAUGGAAAGAGCAGGUUAUCAGGGGAGAUUCAACACCAAAAAGUGAUAAACCAGGUAUAGUUGUUGCUCAACUGGAAACAACUGAUGGCAAGGUUCUGGGGAGCACAAAAUUUUUGUACAAGGAGGAGAUCUCAACAGGUUUUCAGAAGAUUGUCUGCAGUAAAAACUAUGGAGGAAAGUUAAUUAUGGGACUUUCUGAUUUUGGAGCAAAGGAAGAUCAAGCUAUGGCCAAUGAAAGUGAGGCAAAUCGAGAUGUAACAUCUCUGCAUACUUCUGAAUCUAGUCUGGCACUUAACAGCAUUUUGAAAAUGAUGCUGUACGUAGCAGCCAAGCAUGAGGCUGGUGGAUUUGUUGAGGAUCUUUUUAGAACUAAGGCUGGUAAAGCAGUAAUGAAUUCAUUCAGUAAAAAGGAUGAGCUUGAAGAAACAGGAAACCAAUCAAAUUUACAGCAACAACUGUUUUCUUACCUUGAAAACAUAUCAAAAAGGGUAAUUGAAGAAGAAGAAAGGAGAAAUGUAAAGGUGGCUCCCCAAGUUAGCCAGGUUGUGGAGAAAAAACACCCAAAACCUGUUGUAAAACCAGAACUGAAGAAAAAGAAAAAUGCAAAGGUACUGAAAACUGUUCCUAAAAAUCGAGGUAAAACAAAGCUGACGUCCAAGAAACCAAUGAGUGGAAACAGCUUUCUACCAGGAGCGAUGGAUACAGGUAUGUCAAGCACCAAGACAAAUUCGCUGCUGUUGCUGUCGAACAUUGCGCUUGGAGAUUUGAGCUCAGAAUCAGUAGAGAAUGGCUUCUCAAACGAUUCAUCACUGACCUCGCUACAAGGCACAUUGAUGUCGGCGUCUUUAAAGAAAAAGAUGCACUCUUCAUAUCAAAGCAACAACGCUAAAAAAUUCACGAGAAAACUGGUUCUACUUCCAACCAGUUCCACGCGUUUACCGUCCCAGAGUGCCGCUGUUCACAGGGGUUCCAUCCAGUUGGAAAAUGAUAUGCCACCGGAUGAAGUUAUGAAGGAAGUGCGAACGGUUUUGCACAAUCUAGGGAAGAAAAGAAUUCGUCUGGCAGCCGCCGACUCGUCAGGAAACUUGGAAUUUUUCAAAGGAACAAAAUGGACGGCAAGGACGCUGCGACAAAGAAUAAGAUUUAACUCAGUUUUGUAUGUUGUGCCCUCGAGGUAGAGAGAGCGAUCAGACAGACCUAUGGAAGAUUGCAGAUAGCUAUAAAUAGCUUGGCGUUCUUCAAUCCUAAUAAAAACCAAGUUCUUGUUAAAAUAGUUCGUUAUCUAGAUGUUUUUACAAUCAAAAAUUGUAGGAAUACAUUACAUGUAUAUUUUUAUAGAGAAAUUAAGUUCCAAUGCUCCCUUUCAUCUGCGAUAAACAUGGGAGCAUGGGCAAUGAGUAGAAAGGUUGAAAGGUUGUGCGUCUAUUAAUAAAACUUGUAU